AUGGCAUCCUCGGGGAAGAUGGAGGGGCCGUCGGCGCCAGCGCUCCGGCGGGACCCGUAUGAGGUGCUCUCCGUAUCAAGAGACUCCUCCGACCAGGAGAUCAAGUCCGCCUACCGCAAGCUCAAGACGCGGUAUCACCCGGACAAAAAUGCUAGCAACCCAGAAGCAUCAGAGCUGUUCAAAGAAGUUGCAUAUUCGUACAGUAUCUUGUCAGAUCCUGAGAAACGGAGGCAAUAUGACACUGCUGGUUUUGAGGCGUUGGAAAAUGAAGGAAUGGAUAUGGAGAUUGAUUUGUCCAAUCUUGGAACUGUGAACACAAUGUUUGCUGCACUUUUCAGCAAGCUCGGGGUUCCUAUCAAGACGACGGUAUCUCCUACUGUUCUUGAAGAAGCUAUGAAUGGAACAGUGACAGUGAGACCACUCCCAGUUGGGACAUCAGCUAUGGGAAAGGUUGAAAAGCAAUCUGCUCAUUUCUUUGGUGUGACAAUAAGUGAAGAGCAAGCUCAUUCAGGAAUAGUAGUUAGAGCCACUUCAGUUGCACAAAGUAAAUUUAAGCUUCUUUUCUUCGAACAAGAAGUCAACGGAGGCUAUGGACUAGCUCUACAGGAAGAUAGUCAGAAGACUGGCAAGGUGACAUCUGCAGGCAUGUAUUUCCUGCAUUUUCAAGUCUACCGUAUGGACUCGACAGUGAAUGCGUUGGCAAUGGCUAAAGAUCCUGAGGCUGCAUUCUUUAAAAGAUUGGAAGGUCUCCAACCUUGCGAAGUCUCGACACUUAAACCUGGAACUCAUAUAUUUGCUGUAUAUGGUGACAAUUUUUUCAAGCCAGCCAGCUAUACAAUUGAAGCAAUGUGCGCAAAGAGUUACGAAGACACAACAGAGAGGCUAAAAGAAAUAGAGGCUAAAAUUCUGGAGAAAAGAACUGAUCUGCGUCAAUUCGAAACUGAGUACAGAAAAGCUUUGGCACGGUUUCAGGAAGCGACCACCAGAUAUACACAAGAAAAAGAAGUGGUUGAUGAUAUGUUGAGAGAAAGGGAUGACAUCCAUUCUUCAUUCACGACCGAACGAACUAUCACGAGCUCUCUCGGAGCUGGUAGCAGCAGCAGUAGAUAUCCAGUUGAGCAAAACAAAACUGAGAGUUCCGAGAAUGGUAACAUAGAUAGCAGGGACAAAUCGAGUAAAAAGAAGUGGUUUAAUCUAAAUCUUAAUAGAUCUGACAAGAGAGCCUGA